UUUUUAUACCUAUGUUUAAAUUUCCAUAAAAAAUCGUGAAUUGUCUUUCUUCUCUAAGUUCUUUCGUUUUCUUCUGCAGUUGGUGCCUUAAACAACAUUUUUCUAAACGAAUUUCCACAUUCAGUAAAAGACAUACUAGUGCUGCUUCUCAAGAAUAAUUCAGAAAUGCUCCCCCGUUGUCUACGCGCCUUCAGCAAACCUCUAUGCAUUAGUUUCCAAGAAAGUGGAAUACUAGGAAAAAAUUUAAACCGUCAUUUGCAGUUUGUUGGAGUCAACAGCUUCAGCUCAACAAGAAUGUCUUGCAUGCCACAAGACGUAAGCCUGGAGAAAUGCAGUGGCAAAAAGGAUACUCUUUACAAGAGUGUAGAGAUUGAGAUACGUAGUGGUGAACCAGCUGUCCUUCUAAGCUAUGAGUGGUUUACCUCUUAUGCUGCAAAGCAAUUGGGAAUAACUAUAGGCAAAUGUUGGGCCCCACCAAAGGCACAUCACAAUCGAUUGACUCUUCUUAAGUCAAUUCACAUUUAUAAGAAACACAGAGUGCAAUACGAAAUUCGAACUUACUUCCGCCACAUGACUUAUGAAAGGUUAACAGAAUCCACGCUUAAAACUUUCUUGGAAUAUAUUCAACGUAAUGUUCCGGAAGGUGUUGCUGUUAAGGUCACUAAGAAAUCCGUAUUGAAUCUUCCGUCAUCACUGAGUGAUUCAGUUCGAAGAUUGUCCAUUCAAUAGUUAUUGAAGUAAAAUUGUAAUAAUUUUUGAAGAAUUGAAAUAAACACAUAAACGACA